CCCCCCAGCAGCAGCAGCAGCAGCAGCAGCAGCAGCAUGGGAAGGAAAUCCCUGGUCCUCCUGGUUUCUUGUGCCCUUCUCGCCUACCUUGUGUACACGCCUCUUCCAGAGAACGUCGAACAGCCAUGGAAACUGAUGAUGACUUGUGCUUUCUUUAGGUUUCAGAUGCAGCUGUCGGCCCUUCUGGAAACACUGGGCUUUGGACAUCAUCUGCUCUUGAACCUCUUUAAAGUCCCCCCGACAGCAGAUGAGAAUGUCACAGUGAUGGACACUCUCUUCAAUAAAGUUCCAGUUCGAGUCUUUGAGCCGAAGCAGAAGUCGUCUACCAUGAGAAGAGCUGUGUUUUAUAUUCAUGGUGGUGGCUGGACCACAGGAGAUGCUACUUGGCUUCUAUAUGAUGAAUUGGCAAGAAAGAUGGUGAACAAACUCGAUGCUGUUGUCGUAUCAACUAACUACAGACUAUCACCCCAGUAUCACUUUCCAACUCAAUUUGAAGAUGUAUAUGACGCCUUAAGGUGGUUCUUGAGGAAGAAAGUCCUUUCAGAGUACGGCGUGGAUCCCACCCGCAUCUGUAUUGCCGGAGAUAGUGCUGGGGGAAAUUUAGCUGCAGCUGUCACUCAGAAGCUUCUAGAUGAUCCAGACAUCAAAAUAAAAAUCAAAAUUCAGUCUUUAAUUUAUCCUGCUCUUCAGGCUCUUGAUAUGGAUUUACCCUCACAUCGAGAAAAUGGCGAUAUGCCCAUCCUGAAAAAAUAUGAAAUGGUUGUAUUUUGGAGUAUGUAUUUUACCUCAGACGAGGCCCUAAAAGAAGCCAUGCUCGCCAACCAACAUGUGCCCGUGGAAUCAAGCCAUCUCUUCAAGUUUGUUAACUGGAGUACUCUGCUUCCUGAGAGGUUUAAAAAAGGACAUCUUUACGCCAAUCCCGUUCAUGGACGCUCUGAUCUCAUAAAAAACUACCCUGGAUUUCUAGAUGUCAGGGCAUCCCCCCUGUUAGCUGAUGAUUCUAAGUUACAGGGUCUACCUUUGACCCAUAUCCUCACCUGUCAGUAUGAUGUCUUAAGAGAUGAUGGGCUCAUGUACCUCUCCCGCCUUAGGGCUGCAGGGGUCCAGGUGGUCCAUGAACAUGUGGAAGAUGGCUUCCAUGGCAUCCUGUUAUUCAGUAACUCACUAAUGAAUUUUAGAGCAAGCCAUAGGGUAGCCAACAAGUAUCUGAAGUGGCUGGAGGAGAAUCUCUAGGGAUAAUUCAGCUGUGCCCUUCCACCUAGAGUCAGUCCCUGCUGUGUGUAGGUCACAAGUUUGGCUGCUGGCAGGGGUGGGGGAAAAUUGAGAACAGGGGUUAGAAACCGGACUAAGACAUGGUUUGGUCAGCCCCAGAGAUAAGAUUUGUGCUCAAAUCGCUGCAAUUCAAAAUGAAAGGGAGAAAACCUGCAGACUGAUGUAUUGCCAAGUCAAAUAUUCUAAGUGUUUAGGAGAAGUUCAAAGCAGAUGAGAUGGGGGGCCAAGGAUGAUCAGUGAAUCAGUCUAUUCUAAGAACCUGCUCUACAACUCCAAAGACAUACUGCACAUGCUAACCAAGAUGUCCAAAGAAGAAAAUGUAAAUGGAUUCUGCCGACCUUAAAACAUUAUAAACGUCAGUGGUUAUUGUGAUAA